AUGGUGAGCAAGGAGGGUGGCAAAUGUAUGCUCACCAACUCAGAGUCUGACUCGGAGGCAGCCCCCUUGCCGUCCGCCUCGCUGGCACUUGAGGUGAAGUAUUCCCUGGAAGCCAGUCGGCAGGUGAGGAAGAGGAACAAGGCCCUGCAAGUGCGUUUCAAGGAUAUCUGUGAGGCACAGAACGAGCAAAGGGAGGCAGAGUUGCAGGCGGCGGGGAAAGGUGGCAAGCCCAUCUCAUACAAAGUGGCGUACCGCAAGUACAUGACUGUCCCUGCCCGCAGAUCCAUCCCGAACGUCACAAGGAGCACGGGCGUGCAGACGUCGCCUGACCUCAAGAAGCGCUAUCAGACUUUUCCGUUUGAGCGCAAAAAAGGCCACACCUACAAAGACGUGGCCGCUGUGGAAACUUAUAAAGGUCAGAAUAACGGUUUUGUCAUGGAGGUGAAGCAGUCCAAGGCUGCUGAGCAGGGUUUAGAUGAGGAGGAGGAGGAGGGAGCCUGCGGGGGGAGUGGAGUCCGGAGGACCAGGGCUCUGCUCCAUACUAAUGAGUGCAUUGCCACAGUGGAGCAGCACACUGCACCUGAUGGCCUGUGCUCUGACGCUCUGCUGCUCAGUUGCUCUGCAGACACAGACUGCCUUGCAGACACAUCGAGGGGAAGUGGAGCCGGAGCACAGGCGGAGUACCAGCUCUGCAGUGUCCCGUCGAAAGCCAGGGCAGGAUUACAACACAAGGAGGCCGAUAUAGGCUCGGUCAAGAGGCAGCUGCUCAAUCUGGAGGAGGGCUCGUCCCGAACCCUGCCGGACAGGGCCUCCAAGGUCUCGGGCCCCAUCUCCUGGAACUCCCUAACGCAGGUGGAGUGCCUGGACAGCCCAUCUGUGAGGAGCAAGCGGAAGAAAGGUCUCCAGCUCAACGGGCUGCAGAGUGAGACACUACCACGUUCCAGUAGAGGCUGCACAACACAGGCACAGUGCCACACAGGACAGCUCUCUGCUCGGCCUCUGAGGGACAUGGAGGAGCCUCUGUCGCCCUGCAGGGGUGGUGAGGCCGGGGGAGCACCGCCCGACCAAACACAGGAGGCCUGUAAGCAAAUAGUGCCUCUGAAUCCGGACAAGGAUGUUAAAGAACAGCUGCAGGCCAUGGAAAGUCUCAUCAGCUCCAGCCAGGAGACCAUCAAGGUGCUUUUGGGAGUCAUCCAGGAAUUGGAAAAGGGGGAGGCUCACAGAGAGGGACUCUCCUAUCGAACCGGACAGGACACGGCCAACUGCGACACGUGCCGGAACAGCGCAUGCAUUAUUUACAGUGUGGAGCUGGACUUCAAACAGCAGGAGGACAAGCUGCAGCCGCUCAUGAAGAGGCUCUACCCCACGGACGACCUCCACUUCGCCCCCCUGCCUUACCCCCAGGAGGCCUUCACCUCCACCCCCAAACGCAAGUCCAAAGCUGACUCCAAGAAGCACGCUCGCUGGAAACUUUGGUUCCUGUGA